AUGAAACAAGAAAAUGGAAACAACUGCUAUGUCGCUCGAAACCCCAAAUUCAACCGCUACAGGCUACCCCUUAAUGCUCAGCUCCGUUUGCUUCACAGGGAGUUUUUCGUUAUUGAAGAAUCUACUGUAAAUGCAAGCCAAUACAACUUCACAACCUCGAGGGGCCGAGGAUUGGCUCUUAACAGAUACAUCAAUAUCAUGGCGAUUGAGGAAACUCUCUUUCCCCCAAUCCCAGGAACUAAGAUGGAGGAGUCUUUUUACCAAAAAUUGGAAACCCGUAGAAGUAAAAGUCAAGAGAAGGGAGUAGAGAGUGAAAGCAAAACUCUGGGUUCCUUGUUAGAUGGAAACGGAUGUAAUAAAAAUUCGAGCACAUUGGCCAUUUUUAAACAUACGGCUAAUAUCUUGGCAAGCAUGAUUCCUGCCGGUGGCAUACCUGCGGGGUCAACAGUAGACCCAAGAGGGGCUGGGACACGAUCGGAGUCCCACCCAUUUCUCUAUAUCAACGGGAAUCUUAUUGAUUUGGAAAACGCUCCCCUCUUCGUCGCCUCACAGGCACCUACUGCAGCUGGUAUUUCUGACUUCUUUGCCACCCUUUACAAGUAUAAGAUCCAGCUGGUCAUUAUGCUCACCAAAACUGUCGAGGAUGAAGUUGAGAAGGCAUGUCAGUACUGGCCUACCGGAAACGAAGCUACUCUUAUUGGAAACAGCGAUGUAGACAAUAUAGGGAGGUCUAGUGAAACAUGUAAUAGCCUUUCUUGGGGGAAUAUGACGGUGUCUAUGAACCCAGAGGAGCCAUACUACGUAGACAAAGAGCUGAAAUUGGUUUAUCGGCCAUUACAGAUUCAGCCGCGCUGUGGGGGCGAUGUCAUGCCGCUGCUGCAUGUUCAGUAUACAGGUUGGCCAGACCUCGGCGUUCCCAGCUCUGAGGUCGCCUUUUGCGAACUUUUAAAGAUCGUGGAUGCGUACCAGGGCGCAGCGCCCGUGCUCGUGCAUUGCAGUGCUGGUGUUGGUCGUACUGGAACUUUCAUUGGAACAUAUGCUAUUCUUCAGGCGAUACGGAGUGGAUGCUUUGAAAACAAAACGCUUCGUCAGACAGUCAUGUCGAUGCGUCGCGCUCGCUACUGGAUGGUGCAGCGCAUUGAGCAAUACUUGUUUAUGUAUUGGAUUAUCUUAACCAAGCUUAACUUAGAUGCGAGCGAAUUUGCAGCUAAUCUUCAACAAAGCGCGCUUGAGUAUCAACAGGAGGUGGCAAGGAUAGCGAUUCUACGGGAACGCCAGAGACUAGCAAGACCACAGGCGAGCAUCGAGAAGACGUGUUUGACUACCAAUGUGAAGCGAGGACGGACCAAAUGA